AUGCAAGAAAUAAUUCCUCGUUCCUAUACCUUUUGGUAUUAUGUUCCAUCACUGCCCGCAGCAGUUAUCUUCAUGCUUAUAUUCAUGGCCUUGACUGGGCUUCAUUCCUGGAAGCUAGUCACCACAAGAACAUGGUUUUGUAUCGCUUUCACCCUAGGCGGCUUAUUUCAAAUCAUUGGCUAUAUAGGUCGUGCGGUAGCACACAGUAACACCGCCACCAUGGGCCCAUAUAUUGUGUCGAGCCUCUUCGUUCUCCUCGGCCCUACACUAUUCGCCGCUUCUAUCUAUAUGACCCUGGGCCGCCUAAUUCGCUACAUCGGAGCGGAGCAUCUUUCUUUUAUACGCGUCUCGCGUCUAACGAAAACCUUUGUCUGGGGUGAUGUCUUGUCUUUCGUCGUCCAAGGCAGUUCGUCCUCUCUAUCGAUCCUAGGAUAUCCUCAAUGGGCAAAGGUUGCAGUUGUUGGCGGGUUGGCAAUACAACUCGUCUCAUUUUCUCUUUUCUGGCUCACGGCCAUCAUAUUUGAGAGACGCGUUCGCCGCCAACCUACUCCAGCAUCGCUUCUACCUGGGAAUCUUUGGAAGAAGUCAUUGUAUAUGCUAUAUGCGAUCAGCGCUUUGAUAAUGAUUCGCUCAAUUUUUCGUGUAGUUGAGUAUGUGUUGGGAAACAACGGAUAUCCUCUCCAACAUGAAUGGACACUUUACAUAUUCGAUUCUGUACCAAUGGCAAUUGUUAUGGUUAUUCUCUUCAUCUGGUAUCCCAGUAUGUUAAAGACCAGGCCUGAUUUUGAGGGACAUGUGCCCCUUGCACAUGUGUACUCAAAGUUCUGA